CUUCGGACCAAAAAGAAUGUCCAAAAAUUCUACCAAACAAAAACUGUUGAUCGAAAAAAGUCCAAGACUACUAAACUCCCCACGUCAUCACCACUAUCCUUCCAUGUUCAUCUGAGUCUCACCUUCGCAAUGCCUCGUAAGCGCUUUCAGGAACCGGAACCCAUAACAGGUAUACAGUAUGCGCAGCAUUUCCUUAAGAAAAUAGGGUUGGGGAAGGAGAACUACUACUUUUGGAAACAAAUUGGAAAGGCUUUGCUAUGCACCUAUGCAGUGAUUGGGGCAGUGUGGUUAUACAAUGAGACAUCACCAUUGGGUUGGUGGACACUGAAGCCACGACCAAAGGAAGAGAAGGAGCUUGCUCAUUUGUACGAGCGGAGGCAGUUUCCAUACCCGGGUGAUGAAGAGGCAAUGAAGGAGUUCAUUGCCAAAGGUGGAAUGACUGGAACAACAAUUGGUCCAAAAGGGAUGGUUGAGGGUGAUAAGGAUGAAAGUGACUACAAGAAGGAGCUUAAGGACAAGAAGUUUGAGCAGGAAGCUCAGAAAAUGUGGAUAAGGAUGAGGAAUGAGGUCAUUGCUGAGCUUCAAGAGAAGGGCUUUGAUGUGAAUGAAUGAGUGCAGUAAGUACAUGAAACUAUUCGUUGUAGUAAAUACAGAGUUUGUACUUUUCUGUGUUUGGAUUUUAUAAUUAUAAUAAAUCAUGGGAAAGACACAGAAGACUGAUCAGUCGGUUAUUCUUUGUUGAUGGGUUAUGUAUGUGACUUGUGUAUCUUACCUUGCAAUGUUCCUUGUUGCAUUAGGCUUGUUGCUGUUUUCUUAUUUUCUUCUUUACAAAAUCUAAGCAAUGGGAAUGCAACAAGCUAUUCUCAAGUGGGAAGUUGCUUUGCAAAGCUUAAGAGCAGAUUAGCUAUAAGCUUUUUGCUUGAGAUGAUGACUUAAUUUGGAUUAGCUUCUUUUGUGAUUUAUAGAAAAACAUUGUUCCAGAUAGAACAUUUGCUUGAAGAGCUGCUUUUAUUUAAUAUUAAAAAAACCUAAAGUAAACAUGUACAACCUCAAGUGUCAAAUGUGAAAUUUAGCAAAAUUAAACAUGUACGAUGUCAAAUGCAAAACAUUAUGCCAGGGAGCCGGGGCAAUUGGUCGAGAGAAUUGUAUCAGUUGUACAUUUUUCUAGUGAAUUCAGUUUUG